UGUUUAUAAAAUAAAUCUAUAUAAGAAUAAUUUCAAAAGCUCUUAAAUAUUUUUUUCUACUUAAAUUAUAAUGAUGUAUAUUUUAAACUAUACACAAUAUGAAAUUACAAUUUAAAUCCAUAUAAAAAUUACUUUACAUUUGUGUGUGUGUGUGUGUGUUUUGGGCCAGUAAUGCUGUUGAUCAAGUAGAAAUCCGAAUUAGUCAGAAAAAAAUAAAUAAAUGUAAUGUUAGCAUAAUUACAAAUUCUUGCAUUGCAAGCCUUUUCUUGCAUACUUAAAAGAAUAUUCGGUAGCGCUUUAUUUUACAGUCCUGUUCCUCAUGUACAUACUAUACUUAUUAUAGUAAUUACAAUAACUAUGUAAUAACUAGGUACUAACCCUGAACCUACCCCUAAAUGUAGUUACCUUGUGUUACCAGAACUUUCUUAGAUAAAUACACUGUAAGUACACUAUAAGUACAUGCUAGUACAAGUACUGUAAAAUAAAGUGCAACCGAAUAUUCUCAACCUCAGGGAACACGUCUGUCCAAAUACUUGUUGAAUUGGGGAAAUUAUAAUGCAAAGUAGCUCAAAACUAUCUCGAAACUUCUCAGCAGUGUAUUCUAGAAACUGUGACUCAGCCUUCUCUUUUAAUGUGACGUUUGUCUGGUCAGAAACAAAAAGGACCCUUAUCUUUUGGUGCACAGUCUUCCUGUGAGCACAAACGUCCUGUUCUGCUGAGAUACCGUCAGAAUGGGUGGCAGCAUGUAGACGACUUUUACUGUUCCUGACUACUGUGAAAUUGGCCCCUCAUUGGAUUUCAUGUCCAGAAAGUCCCACAUGAAUAAUUUACAAUGCGUUUAUACUGGGAUGGGAGUAUAAAGACAGUGGUUUGAGAAGGACUAAGUGAUGGAGCAGGGGUCAGAGGAGAACAUGGAGAGCUCAUGGACUCUGCUCUCAUGGCUGGCAUCUGGAGUGAUGGUGUUUGGAAGUGCGGUUCCUUACAUCCCCCAGUACCAGGAGAUCCAGAGGACCAAUAACACAGAGGGUUUCUCAACAAGAGUCUGUCUGGUGCUGCUCGUUGCUAAUAUACUUCGCAUUUUCUUCUGGAUAGGCAAACAGUUUGAGCUGCCUUUGCUCCUGCAGAGUGUGGUGAUGAUUCUCACCAUGUUGGCAAUGCUACAUUUGUGCUGUUCCAUCCAGAGCAGCAACCGUGUCAGUACUAAACAGCACCACAUCACAGAUUUAGACCUUCGGUAUUUUUGGAGCUGGAGUUCUUUUGAGGACUAUCUGAUGUUCUGCUUUGCCUUCACGCUGCUGUGUGCUUUCGUAACGUUCCUCUUUCUGGACUGGGUUCUGUUUGUGGAGGGCCUGGGCUCUUUUGCUGUAAUGUUUGAAGCCAUGUUGGGACUGCCUCAGCUGCUGCAGAACUACAACAACCGCUCCACCCGAGGAAUGAGCGUAAAGAUGGUGCUUUUAUGGACUGCUGGUGACAUCUUUAAGACCAUGUAUUUCGUGAUCAAUGAAAGCCCCACCCAGUUUGUGGUCUGUGGUGCAGUACAGAUCUUAAUUGACAUUGCCAUUCUGCUCCAGGUGGGCUACUACAGCCAGGACACCAGAAUCAAACUGGGCUGAGGUCACUACAAUAAAGAUGGUGAUCAACACUCCUAAAUAAGGAUAAACUAUAUGCUUUUACGUUUACCAAAAAAA